AUGGUUCGGACUCGAGCAAGCCUUUCUAGAGAAGCCAACAACUUGUUGCACCAUCAUACCGGGUCAUCACGAAGGGAAAUUACCUCAAGUCGUAGCGACAAUCAAGACAAAAACAAGGAACACCCAUCUUUGAAAAAUAACAGUAAUAAUAAUAAGAGCGGUGAUGUACACAAUAAUGACGAUCGUCAAACGACGACUUCUUCGAAUGUAAAUGGUAGAAACUCAGGGAUUUCAAACGAACAUACUAUCAAAUCCGAAAACAAUAAUUUUCUUGAUGAAUCAGAAAGCACAAAGCCUGUACCAAAAAGAGUGUCUUUUUCUUCCAAUGUAACAGAUGAUGAAGAAAAGGAUUCUCCAAAUUCUGCUUUGAGAAAAAGGAAGCAAAGAGAUAUUGCCAAAUUAAUUAUUUCUCCUGCUGAACCCAUUGGUCACAUUAUUGUUUAUUCAAAUGUCAAACAGAGCGUAAGACCAGAUAGCAUGACAUUAUGGACAGACCCAAUGGGAUCUAAAGAGGAUGCUUUAACAGCCAUUAAAUUUGGAGCAGACCCAGUAACAAAUAAUGUACAAAUCAAAAGAGCUGUCAACAAGAAAUGGCCAAUUUUACAAGAUCAUUGUACGUUAACCCAUGACGGUAAUAGUACAGUGUUAUUGCUAGAAAAAGAAGCCAUGGUUUUAGUGAAUGGCCAAUUUUACAAGAAUUCUCAGACAGCAGAAAAGAAUGUCAUUUGUGUUGAUAGAGUGAUAAUUGACUAUGGUGAUAUCAUUGAGUUGGAUGGAAGAUUAUUUAUUUUUGCAAAACACAAUCUUCCAUCUUAUUUUGCAAAUUAUCAACAAAUGUUUGUGGACUAUUUGGAGAACAAUAACAAGAAACGGAAACGAGAAGACGAAGCAAAUGAAUCUUGUGUAAAGAAAGAAAAACUAUCUCAGACCAGCGAAGAAGAUGAAAACACAGAAGAAGAACAGAAUCUCAACGAAGAUGAACAUAUAGAUUCUGAGGAGCUGCAUAAUGCAAUUUCUGAAAUGGGUGAAGAGGAAAUUGAGGACUAUGACGGACACCUCAAUGAACUGAGUUUAGGAAGUGACGAUAUGAACCUCCAACCAGAGGAAGCUGACAACAAUAUUCCCAGCUUUUUUUCAGAAAACAACAAUGGAACACCAGACCAAACUGAUCCAACAGCAACUCAAAGUCAAGAGGAUGGAGAUUUGGAAAAUAUCAUUGGUGCAGAGCUGUACCAAGAGAUUAUUGAAAAGUUGAAUACUGAGGUUUCUAAACAAAUAGAAGAAAAGGAAAAAGAAUUUGCGAAGAAGGUCGAGGCAUUAGAGAAGUCUUUGAGAGAAGAAAAAGAGCGAACCUCACAACAUUUAUAUUUGUUAGAAAAGCAAAUAGAAAGCCUCAAAAACACACUCAAAGAUAAAGAAGAAGAGAUUGAGGAGCACAAACGAGCUCUUGAAAAGAGCAAGCAACAAAUUGAGAAGAAUGAAUCACAACGAAAAGACUACGAAAAACUUAAAUUUAAAACGACAGACUUGGAAAAAAAGUUGCAAGAAAAAAUUAAUGCACAAGAUACUCUCUUAAAUGAGAACAAACUGUUGAGACAACAGAUCGUCAAUUUGAAGAAAAAUUCACAACAAAACGAGACAUUUAAGAAUGUACUCGACAAGAAAGAAAAAGAACUGGAAAAAAUAAGAGCACGUAUCAGAUCUUUUGAUAAUUUUAUUCAAAGCACAACAGAAGAAAUGCAAGCUCAAUCUAAAGGAUUAAUACGCGCCUUUAACCAAGACCCAAUUGAGGAUGAUUCAAUAAUUUUUUCAGUGGAUGAAAUAGAGUCGUCUCAAAAUGUGUCAAACCAAGCGACGAUAAAAAACCAAGCCAUACAUAAGAGGCCCCUCCAAUUCGGAAAGAGUGAACCUGGGAGCUCAAAACCUCUACUGCCCAUUAACUCAACUAAGAAAUUUAAUUCAACAGAAACGCUCAACUCAAGGAAUGAUAACGAUGAAAUCCAGAAUAACGAUCAUUCGGAGGAGGAUUUUGAGAUAUGA